AUGCCAAACAUAGAGGACUCUUCAUCGUCGAUGGAGGACGAACACUUGAUUGUGGAAGCAUCCCCCCAUCAUGAGCAAGGUGGCAAUAAUAGUGCUCCCCUUGUUCUCCUGAGACGACAACAACAAGAGCAGCGGUGGAGAUAUCAUCUUUCUAGAUCUGGAUCAGCGACGAGAUUCCACAGAAUUUUUAUCCGUCCUCUCCUGGUGUUCUUGAUUGGAUUCUGGUAUCUGCAACGAAGAAGCAUUGUUGGUCGAAAGGAUCAGCGUCAUCAGCAACGACCAGAACUAGAAAAAGAAUCAAGCUAUUGGCGGAAACCUUCACUCUCGCCGUCAUCAUCAUCAUCAUCAUCGGCGUCCAAUUUGGACUUUCACAUUGGGAACGAACACUCCUUUGACUCAACAUCAUCAUCUGAAUCAAUAAGUUCAAGCCACACAGUCUCCAACAGCAGUCCAGACUUAUUGGUUUCUUCAAGCUCUCACAUGAACAAACAAGCUUUUCAUGAGCCAUACUUUCCACUGUAUGCCUCAGUAUUGCAGGCUUCUUCCGAAGACUCUCCCGAUGCGGAUGAUCCAGAAAGCUUUGGAUGGGAACCCUCUCUGUAUCCAAACCCAAGAGAAAACCCGCAACAGUGUGGAAUUUCCUACUUGUUGCAGGAUGAACAUUUCAUACAUCCCAAUGAUACUGAUAACACUUUACAACUGUGUGAUCCUGAUUGGGUAUUGGGAGGAAUCUAUCUAGAGGAAAUUGGCGCGGCCAUGAACAACUUUGUAGAAACUUAUUCGUCGUUGCCACUACCUGACACAGAUAACAUGGGGGAUACGCCACCGCCAAUCGACCGAGCCAAGAAUGAAUCACCAGUAAACGAGAGUCUUGCAAGUCCAAAUCUUGAAGAUACCUCCAUAGGUGAAGCAUCUGUUCCAUUUGUGGAACUCGGUAUUGCGACUGUUCGCAAGAUGGAAAUAUCUGCAGUACUCGAGCAAGAUGUUUACUAUUCGAGUGAGGACGAAGAUGACAUGGUAUCCGAUGCUGCCCAAGUAUUUGCUCGGUAUCUCCACGAUCGCUGGUGGCAGGGAAAUCCUAAUGGGGAGUAUGGAAUUCUGAUUUUCUUGUCUAUUGAAGAUCAAGUAUGCUUCAUCUCUACGGGGAAUGCCAUUGCAAAAGUCCUGCCGUGGUGGAGACUUGAACAUACUGUUUCGAUUAUGAAGCCCGACUUGCGUCAUCGAGAUUUUGGACAUGCGCUGCUGACAGCCAUCCAUGAUUUGUCCGACAUGCUAGCGGAGGGUCCACCCACCUUGGCGGAUCGGUUUCAUGAUUUCAUGACACGCUUCGGGAUAGUCAUUGCCUUUGCAGUCUUUACAUUUUUCUUUGGAGCCUUGGGUGAGCUCCGGGAUCGACGCAAACGGUGGGCACAUACAGAAUCCCGAAGCAAAAUGUCGCAAGUCGAGCGGGAAAAGGCACGAUUACUUCAACGAGAGUUCAAGACAAGAUCAUGUCCAAUCUGUUUGGAGAACUUUGAUGGUGGCACUGAUAGCGAGGGGAAUCUCUACCAGCUGUCGAUCGAUGAUGAAAAGCACCGAGAAGAGGAUGUUGACUCCGAAGAUCGAGGCAGUUGCUGCCGCAGUUGCUGCACUCCAAAGUCAAUAAAGGAAGCUAGAAGUCCAGACAAGGAGCAGGCACCCAUCAACUCUGGGUUACGGCGAGUAGACAGCUACGGGAUACCACUUUUGGGACCCGAUCAUCGCAAUGUGAAAAUGCUGCGAUGUGGCCACAUCUUUUGCGAGUCUUGUUGGAAGCAAUGGGUGCAUUCGGGACAGGGUAAUCCAUCCGUCUGUCCCGUCUGUCGUCAAGACGUUGGAAAAUCCUCGAAACAUCGGCGGCGUAGGCGACAACAACAGUUGCAGCACCAACAACAAGAAGAGGAAGAGGCACGAAGUCAGGAACAACAGUUAGAAGAGGCAGCGAAUGCGGCCUCUCCGACACUACCGAAUACGGAUACGACGCCACUCAUGAAUAAUGCUUCAACUCGUACGAGUGGUGGAACUUAUGAUUCCUUAUCAUCCUAUCGGACAUUAUCGAGACUUGAUGGAGCUGACGAAGAAACUGGCCAUGGUGAUUCUAUCACGGUCAAUACAAGAACAACCAAUGAUGGACAGGAGGACGAGAAUGGAGAAGGGGAUCAAGACGAGACACAAUCCCUUUUGCGAAACGGUUCAAGACGGGCCCGACGAAACUGGUUCAUGAGCUAA